CCUUUUAUUAUAGAUAUUUGAAACGUAGACCGAUGCCUUACCAUUAGACAGGCAUCUAUGGGGUGAUGUAUUCUUGUAUUUGAAUGGUGUGUAGGUAAUAGUGUUUAUAAUAAUGGGGUUGUUGGAUAAACUUUCGGGCUGGCUUGGUCUUAGGAAGAAAGAGGUUAAUGUCUUGUGCCUAGGACUAGACAAUAGCGGGAAAACUACAAUAAUCAACCAACUUAAACCUGCUAAUCAUUCAAAUCAUUUAGGGCCGUUGUCAGCGGAGUGGAAGCAUGUUAGUCAGACACAGGCUCAAGAUAUAGUCCCAACCAUUGGCUUCAACAUUGAGAAGUUCAAGACCUCAAGCCUUUCUUUCACUGUGUUCGAUAUGUCGGGCCAAGGAAAAUACAGAAGCUUAUGGGAGCACUAUUACAAGGAUAGCCAUGCUAUCAUCUUUGUGAUUGAUAGUGGAGACAAACUGCGAAUGGUGGUUGCCAAAGAAGAACUGGACACUCUUCUGAAGCAUGAAGAUAUUUGCAAUAAGAAGAUCCCUGUGUUAUUCUUCGCCAACAAGAUGGACUUGCAGGAUGCCAUGUCAUCCAAUAAGAUUACGCAGGCGCUGAGUUUGGAGAGUAUCCAAGACAAGCCAUGGCACAUCUGUGCCAGCAAUGCUAUUAAAGGAGAGGGCCUCCAGGAAGGACUAGACUGGCUUCAAGGUCAUAUCAAAACAAUGAAUGCAUGAACAACUGAAGGGCUGCAUGAAUGAAGUGCAAAGGAUAUUUUCGCCCAUGGGCUGUCUCUUUAGAGGCCUUAUAUUGUUAUUAUUAGAUUGAUUUUGCCUAUUCUGUUUUUUAAUACAGUACAUUAUUUGUAGAUGUGAUUUGUAUAUG